AUGCUAACAGUCCAAACAGGUAUAUCUGACGACUCCUUUUACUCACGACAGCGAAGAUUGAUAAACUCUCAAUUUUGGGGUAUAGUUCGCUCCUUCGAUAAUACGCGCAGUGAGACCAUUCAGUUUCACGCACCUCUUACAUUGAUCGUUGGAUACAAUGGAUCAGGCAAAACGACUAUCAUCGAGUGCCUCAAAUAUGCCACCACCGGCGAUCUCCCCCCGAACAGCAAAGGCGGUGCUUUCAUCCAUGAUCCGAAAUUAUGUGGCGAGAAGGAGGUGCUUGCGCAGGUGAAGCUUUCCUUUAGGGGAACCUCUGGGGCUAAGAUGGUGGCUACCCGCAGUCUCCAGCUCACGGUCAAGAAGACGACAAGACAACAGAAGACACUGGAAGGGCAUCUUAUGAUGAUGAAAAAUGGUGAGCGAACGGCAAUCUCAUCACGAGUGGCCGAGCUGGACCAGAUCAUGCCGCAGUACCUGGGUGUUUCCAAGGCUGUCUUGGACUCAGUCAUUUUUUGCCACCAGGACGAGAGUCUUUGGCCGAUGAGUGAACCCUCCGUACUUAAAAAGCGUUUCGACGAGAUUUUCGAAGCCAUGAAAUACACCAAGGCCAUUGAUAACAUCAAGGCCCUUCGUAAAAAGCAGAACGAAGAGCUGGCGAAAUAUAAAAUCAUGGAGCAACAUUCAAAAGAAGACAAGGACAAGGCGGAUCGUGCGGAGAAGCGCUCGGUGAAGCUUCAAGAUGAAAUCGAAGAGUUGCGCGAUGAGACUCAAAAGAUGUCAAAAGAGAUGCGCCGUGUCGCCGAGCUUGCUGACAAGGCAUGGAAAGAGUCUGAAGGAUAUGCGCAGGUGCUCGGUGCUCUGGAGGGAAAGCGAAUCGAAGCCAAAAGCAUUCAGACUACCAUAGACAAUCUCAAGCGACACCUGGUCGAGCUUGAGGAGUCGGAUGAGUGGCUUGAGUCGAAUCUCGAGCAAUUUGAGACGAAGCAAAUCGAAUACCAACAGCAGGAAGAAGCACAGAAGGAGAAUUAUAUGGAGCUGAAGGCUCGUAUCGAGGAAACUCGGCAGCGGCUGGGCCUGAAACAGGCCGAAAAUGGCAAACACGAGAACGACAAGGCCAAUUUCGAGCGCCAGAUUCAAAGACGUCAAGCCAUGAUCACUGAGGUCGCUCGAGGGAACAGCAUUUAUGGUGUUGACGAACACAUGAACCAGGAGGGCAUUGACGCUUUUAUGCACAAGGUCAAGCGAUUCUUGAAAGAACGAAACCAGGCACUUGAUCGGGUGAAACGCGAAGCCCAGAAAGAGCUGCGCGAGGUUCAGGACACUCUAAAUGAAAUUGGACAGCGCAAGUCCGCUCUUCAAGAAACCAAGAACUCCGCCAAAAGGCAGAUUUCGAACAAUGAAAGAGAAUCAGCAAAUUAUCAAGGGAAACUAAAUGAGAUUGAAGUUGAUGAAGGUGUUCAAGCAGCCCUGGAGGCCAAGAUUGAAGACAUCAACUUUGGCCUUGAACGCGCGAAAGAACGCUCUACGGUUGCUUCAUGGGACCAAGGGAUCCAGGAUGUCAAUACGCAGAUCCAAAAUCUUGAGGAUGAAAAUUCAAAAUUGAAUGAAGAAUUGAUUGAGUCCACGAAGAAGGCUGGUGAUUUAGCUCGGUUGGAUCACCUCAAGAAAGAAGCAAAAGACAAAGAGCGGAGUCUUCAGACAAUGAAAACGGCCCACGGAGAAAGACUUGUGAAGGUUGUCGGUGCAGACUGGCAGCCUCAUACUUUGGAGCGGGAGUUUCAGAACGCGGUCGACACUGAGUCUAGGCAGGUAUCCGAGGCAGAGAGGGAUCGUGAAGGUGUUAGCCGAGAGCUUGAGCAAGUCGAGUUCAAGCUGAAAAAUGCAACCAAAUCCUUAAAACAGCGCCGAAAGGAGCUCGACGAGUGCGUCAAGGAGCUUCGUGAGGCGAUUGACGCCGAGCCCUCUGAAUACCCUACAACGCUCAAAGAUCGUCAGGCCCAGUACGAGAUGGCGCGCAAGGACGCUGAUCAAUAUGCUGGUAUGGGCGAGUACCUCAACAAGUGUGUUGACGCAGCGAAACGAACCAAGAUGUGUCGCACAUGCCAAAGAUCCUUCAGAACCGAGACUGAGCUUCAAACAUUCACCAAGAAGCUGGAGGCAUUGGUGAAUAAGGCGGCCAAGGAUGCUGAAGAUGAAAUUUUGAAAGAGUUGGAAGUAGAUCUUGAGACUGCCCGCGAAGCCAGUGCAGCCUACGAUACUUGGGCCCGUCUCUCCGAAACCGACAUUCCAGAAUUGCAGAAAGAAGAAGACGAAUGCGUUUUACAGCGCGAUCAACUGCUGGACAAGCUUGAGAUCCACGACCGAGCUGUGAGCGAUAAGCAGGAAAGCAAGAGAGAUGUUGAAUCUCUGAGCAAGACAGUCAAUACCAUUGCUAGAUACGACGCUGAUAUCAAAACCAUCGCUUCGCAAAUCCAAGAACUCUCCGCGAAGCAAGACAAUGUGUCAGUAUGCCGAACCCUGCAAGAUAUCCAAGAUGAGAUUUCGGCGAACAAUGAAAAGGCACGCGAAUUGAAAAAGACGCUGGCCAAGCUCACGAACGAACGGGAUCAGACCCGGAGUGAGAUUAACAAGCUUGAGUUGCAGCUGCGAGAUGUCCAAAGUACACUGGACAGCACCAAAUUCCAGCUGGAGAAGAAGGCCGACUUGCUCGCCCGCCUGGAGGAGUACAAAAAAUUGAAUUCCCAGCAGCGCGAGGCAAUCGAGAAAGCGGACAGCGAUAUCGAAGGGCUAACGCCCGAAUUACUCCAGGCUCAAGCUCGCUACGAUGAGAUCAGCCAACGAGCCGAUGGGCGAGAGCGAGAUCUACAGCAUGACAUCACCCGCCUCUCAGACAGUAUUCACCAGCUUGAUUUGGCGAACGAGGAGAUCAACUCGUACAUUGAACGGGGAGGUCCGAGCCAACUCGAGCGGAUUAAGCAAGAGCUCUCUGAAAUCGAGGCAGAGAUUAGCCAACUGGAGGUCGAGCAAGGCGAAAUUACCCGAGCAAUCAACAAGAUUUCGACGCAGCUCAAGGACAGUGAAAAUACCAAACGACAGUACUCGGAUAAUUUGACAUAUCGCCAAGCUACACGAUCUCUGGACGACGUGUUGGAAAAUAUCGAGCAACUGGAAUCCCAAAAUGCCGACGUUGAUCGCAGCCGCUUCAAGCAGGAGUCAGAACGCUGGACGCGUGAGCACAAUGCUUUGGCAGCCAAACAAGCCAGCAAGAUGGGAGAGAUGAAGUCCAAAGACGACCAAUUGAUGCAACUCCUGAAAGACUGGGACACCGACUACAAAGAUGCUGCAUCCAAGUACAAGGAGGCCCAUAUCAAGGUCGAAACCACCAAAGCCGCGGUUGAGGAUCUUGCACGCUACGGCGGUGCCCUUGACAAAGCCAUCAUGCAAUACCACGGUCUGAAGAUGGAGGAAAUCAACGCUAUCGUCGGCGAGCUCUGGCAAAAGACCUACCGUGGAACGGACGUUGACACGAUUCUCAUCCGAUCCGACAAUGAAAAUGCGAAGGGUAACCGGUCAUACAACUACCGUGUUUGCAUGGUCAAACAAGGAGCAGAGAUGGAUAUGCGAGGCCGUUGCAGUGCUGGACAAAAAGUACUGGCUAGUAUCAUCAUCCGUCUUGCUCUGGCAGAGUGCUUCGGUGUCAACUGUGGAUUGAUUGCUCUCGAUGAGCCCACCACCAACCUGGAUCGCGAUAAUAUUCGUUCUUUGGCUGAAUCACUACAUGAUAUUAUCAAAGCUCGACAGCAGCAGUCAAAUUUCCAGUUGAUUGUCAUCACCCACGACGAAGAGUUCUUGCGGCAUAUGCAGUGCGGAGACUUUAGCGAUUAUUACUAUCGGGUCUCACGGAAUGAGAGACAGAAGUCGAUCAUUGAAAGGCAGUCCAUCGCUGAGGUAUGCUAA